AUGAACCAGCCCAGCGAAUUCCGUCUCAGUGAGCGAGGGGCCGUGACCCUCAACUAUGGUGGCUCCAGCGCCGGCAGGCCGGCUUUCCUCGACGAUAUCAGCGCGGCCGUCGACGACCUCGCUGCUUCCUUUUGGCCGAUCAACAAGACGAUCCACGACAAUCCUGAGCUGGCGUACGAGGAGCACCACGCUCACCAUGUGCUUACGCGCUUCAUGGCUGCCCAGGAUGGCUGGUGCGUGACCAGGUCUGCGUACGGCAUCGACACGGCAUGGGUGGCCGUCUACGAUUCAGGGAGACGAGGGCCGGUCGUGUCCUUCAACGCUGAGAUGGACGCUCUGGAGGGCAUCGGUCACGCCUGCGGACACAACCUGAUUGCAAGCGCGUCCGUCCUCGGUGCCGUGGCGACGGCGACUGUCAUGAAGAAGCAUAAUCUCUGCGGCAAGGUCGUCCUCUUUGGCACACCCGCAGAGGAGGGUGGCGGCGGCAAGAUCCGACUACUCAAGGCUGGCGCUUACUCCUCGCAAGGCGUCGACGUGAGCCUCAUCUCACACCCGGGGAUCAUUGCCGACGCGGCGCGGAUGUACACCACGGCGCUCUCCAACUUCCAGGCCGAGUACUUUGGCCGCGAGGCGCACGCCGCGGCGAACCCCUGGCUGGGCAUCAAUGCGCUCGAUGGGCUCGUCACCGCGUACUCAAGCUUGUCGAUGCUGCGCCAGCAGUGCAUGCCAGGCGACAUCAUCCAGGGCCACAUCACAGACGGCGGGCUGCGGCCCAACAUCAUCCACGCGUAUGCGGCGGGCCGCUUCGUCAUUCGCGCCGACUCGCAAGCCCGGCUGGAGCAGCUACGUCGCAAGGUCUACGCCUGCUUUGAAGCCGGAGCCACCGCGUCGGGCGCGAAGCUGAAGAUUACCGAGGGAGAGGCGUACAAGGACCAUGUCGCCAACGGGCCUAUGGCGCGGAGCUACACGCGGUACUUUAACGCGCUGGGCCCGCAGUAUCCCAUCUCGGAGAACGUCGAGGAGGACGUGCGACGGGGGCGGACGCAGGCGAGCACCGACCAAGGCGACAUGAGCUAUGCAAUGCCGAGCUUAAGCCCAGCAUUUGCCAUAACUCCUGGAAAGGGCGGCCAAGGCCCGCACAAUCCCGAGUUUGCGUCGGCGGCGGGCACGCGCGAUGCGUAUGCCCGAGCGGCCAUGGUGGGCAAGGGCCUCGCGGGAGUGGCGGUAGAUUUGCUGACGGUGGAGGGAUUCCUCGACGAGGUGAAGAGGAGCUGGAAAGAGGACAUGGAGAGGGGUGCUGCUGUGCGUGAUGAGUGUUGA